AUGCAUCUCGUAAGGCUGCCACCAUGCUGCUUGCGCUCCUCUUCUUCCUUCCACCCGCUGGUCGGUCGAAGAACGAGCAACAGAACGGUGACAGGGGUGGAAACAGCAGGACUUAUCCUCGCAAUACUGCCCCUCAUUGUGAAUCAGAUCGACGCAUAUGUUCAAGGCAUAGAAACCUUGAAAGUCUUCCGUGACAGAAAAUAUCGGCGGCAAUUGGAGGAGUAUGCAACGGGCCUGGGCACUCAAAACGCUAUUCUCCUCAACACCUUGGAACGUGCUCUGGAAGGAGUAGUGGACGACGAGGACGAGCUCUCCAACUUGAUCGAUGACCCACAAGGACCGUCAUGGAAGGAUCCUAAGUUCCAGGCAAAGCUGCGCAAGAAGCUGGAUCGCAAUUUCGAUGCGUUUGUCAGGAAUACGACCGCAGCAUCAACGCAUUUGCAAUACUUGUCACACAAACUCGGACUGGAGUCGCUGAGUUCGAUGGAGGUGCUGAAUGACGCCAACGUCGUAAAACGAGAGGUCAUGAAGUUCAGGAAUAUCUUCUCAAAGUCUGUUUAUUCUGAACUCCUGACAAAAAUCGGCAACGCAAAUAGCGCCCUUAAGACACUCACAGAUCAAGCCCGUUACCGGGAAGAAUCUGGUACAAAACGACAACAGUUGAAGGGGCCCUUGCUGAAAUGCAGAGCUGCACGAAAACAUGCCGUGAAUCUAAGUGUUCAUCGUGUUGAUCUGCGCAUCGAGCCGCUUGAUGAUAGCGAGCCACAGGACCAAAUAUCGGCGAUACCUAAACUUCGAAUGGCGUUUUCGUCGAAGACGUCGAACCAUGCAUCAGCGCCUCCGUGGUACUGGCAAGAGGUUGAGUCCAUUGCGGUCGCUGUCUCCGUACCAGCAGUCAUCAUGUCUGCAACUCCUUCCUCUGGGAGUGCUCACGCUGCACCCAAAAGGCGAAAGGUGCGAUUUGCUACCGCUCUUGGGAUCCCAUGUUCUCAGGCUGUUCCUCAGCAGGUGCCUCAGGCGACGUCUGACUGUCAAGCGAUUGCAGACAUGUGCUUGGCUUUACGUGGAGACAACGUGGACAACACCCCCAAGGGAUUCUUCUCGAUUCCGGAAGGUCCCGACACCGAACAACGAUACGACAUUUACUUGUUGGACAGGCUGGACACCACGAUGGAGACUCAACCCCUGGAAGACCUUUUUUGUCGUUCACCAUCUGUUGCCGGAUCGAAAAUCGUUUCUCGCAUAGUCUCACGUCGAGCGCGUCUUUCGCUCGCGGCCACACUAGCCUCCAGCGUACUCCAGUAUCAGGGAAGCUGGCUAAAGCCACAUUGGCGAAGCCGGGAUAUUCUGUUGACCAAUGUAGUGACGGAAAGCCGGGCCAACAUUGAUCGCUUCUAUCUUUCAGGGCACAAGGUAGAUCCGACGAACUCUUCAGAAUUGCAGCGGAGUGCACAAGAUAUUCCCGUCACUGGCGCUUCAACCUCAAAUCAAGCCAAUGGUGCAACGGGUAAAGUCAAUCUCGCAGAUACCUUUGUUGCAGAAGAUGAAAUACCGACGGACACCACACUUACAGCCAAAACUACCCACAAGCUGAUAAGAUGUGAGCUUUUGUUCCCUCUCGGAUUGACCCUGGUGGAGCUUUCGCUUUGUCAAUCAAUUGCAAGCCUCCGUCUUGCCGAGGACAAUGAUGCAGUCGAGGCCCUAUCCAGUCUCAAGACGGCAGCUCGGGUACUAGACAACGUCUAUUCCGAAAGCGGCUUUCGAUAUGGGGAUGUGGUCGAUAAGUGCUUGUUCGGGCUCGGCUGCAAGAAUAUGGACCUUGAGGACGAGGCCUUUCAGCGCGCCGUACGACUUGAGAGACUUUGA